AUGUGUGACUUCAACCCCAUGGCGGCCUUUCGAUGCAUACAGGGUCCAAGUAUCAAAGGCUGGUUGAGCGCCAGCGAUCUGCAUCUAUGGCUGCAAUCGCAGCCACAUCCAGUGACAGGCUAUGUGCUGGAGGACGUGCUGGCCAUCGUCAAGUUGCGCACAGGCACCCUUGAGAUUUUUCCUGAGGAUUUUGUGCGAAUGACCACACCCACGUUUCGUUCCAGCGGUUGGUUAAAGGAGUUGGCGCUGGCCCGCGGCGCCCGGCCCGGCCAUAUGCCGCCCGAGGUGAGUUACAGGCUCUGUCAGCUCUUCCUGGUGGAACUGGACUUCGUGAGCCGUCUCCGAUUUCAUCAGCGAAGGUUGCGGCAGGUGGCGAUCUCGGGCUAUGCCAUCAUGAAAUACCUCGAUGCGGAUGAGGGUUUCUGCGCAGGCAUGGGUGGUCUCCUGUGCUCGUCCGCGGUGCGUUCCUUGCUGAUGCGCGGUGUCCCGGGAUACGCACGGCCCAUGGAAUCGAUGUUAUGCGACGCCCUGCUGAAACGAAUCAACCCUUCGGACGCAGCAUUCUUCCCAGCCGAUGCCCUGGGUCGGCUCUUGGACGUGCUGCUGCCCACCGCAGGAUGGACCGCAGAGCGCGCAGCCUUCGAAAGCUAUGCCUAUGAUCGCCCCCGCAGCCCCAUCCGUGUGCCAGCCACGAGCCCUCCGCGUUUGGUGAGCCCUCGCCGCUCCGAAAGUCCCAGGUCUAGCCGCGGCUACCUGGGCAGCCCGGUCCGUCGCAACUUGGACUAUGAACCCAUCAGUCCUGCGCGGAGCGUGCGAAGCCCCGCGAGUCCCGUGACGCCGUUGCCGGACUACUUGGUGCCAGAUCGACGUCCUCCACGGCAUGCGGGGCAAAAACUCUAUGAGUCUUGGACCAACGCGACGCCAUCGCCCAAAUCGCCCAUGAGGACCACUGGAAACUGGAUCAGCGAACUGUCCACACAAGACCCUGGACUUUCGAUGGAACGCAGCCUCGAGAGUUUCCUUCCUUCUCCGUCUCGCAGUUUCAACGGCUCCUUCUUGCGGGAGCCAAGUCUGGAACGCUUCAGAGCAGGUUUGACCUCUCCGACCAUGGACAGCUUCAGGCAGACCAAGCAUUUCCUGGAUAUGCGCGAGCAACGCGCCGUACAACAGACCUUGAUGGUCAUGGCGCGUAUCGCCAAGUUGGAUUCGCAGGUGGAAGAUCUGAAGUCGCUUAUGCCAGCGUGUUGCACUGUGGAAGAGGUUUUUGCUGAGCUUGACACAAUGCGCGCGGGAUACAUCAAUUUAAGCGAUAUUCGGCGCUUCAUGUUUGGCUACGGCAUGACGGUGAAAUACGCCUCGUUCACCACCAUGGUCAAUGAGCUCCACCUGCGACGAAAGAUCUUCGCGCAGCACGCGCUGAAAGGUUUUUUCAUGCUGCCGGAUAGCAUGGACUUUCGCGACGUGGGGGUCUUGACCUUGCCAUUGACCAGCCAAGCAUGUCAGGCAGUGAUGGAUGCCACCAGCGACGACGAAGCGAAAUCAGUGCUAUACUUGCUUCGUUCCUCUGAGCCCUGCCCGGGCUGCGGCUUGCGGGUGCAACGCUCCGCGGAGUGUGCGGGAUGCCCUAGCGUCACGUGUCCCAUGUGCAGGACUCCAUUCAAAUGCAACUUCGUGGUGGGCGACCGUCCUGAACCAUGCUACCCGCUGACAUCCACUGCCAAGACCAACCUUUACCGCCUAUUGGGAGGAACCAUGGAGGCCGCGGACGAGCUGGAACGGGAGCGACGAGAGUUGGCAGCCUACCUGACACAUGAGAU